CUCCGCCGCUGUCCAGGGAUAAUACUCUUUGCUUUCCCCGUCUGUGCCGCUGCAGAACGGACCGUAAAGCUGCAUGCUGCCUCUUCCUACCUGCCUGCCAGACCGAGACCCCGAUCAAGCUCUGAGAGUUCUUGCUUUGGCCUGUGGGGAAAGAACCAUUUGCUGGGAUAACAUCUGUUUCCCUGCCUGAGUGGAGAAAGACAAAUCCGAUCCAACUGGACCACAACACGCACCGUGUAUACCACCGUCAACGCCAUUUUUACCAUUCGAUAUAGCUGAAGACUCAUCAUUAAAAAGGACAAUUUGUUGAUAUAUGCGAAGAACCAUCCAGACCCAGGAGGCUCAGCUGACGCUCUACCCAGCCCGUCCUCCAACGAGCUGGACCUCUUUCCCUCCCUCUCUUUUGGAGUUCAGUUAAUCUACUAAAGUAGAGGUGCUGAUUACUUGCUUUGCUGGUGGCCACUCCAGGUGUUACUAAAUACUAUUAUACCAAGGUGCAUGUGUGCACACAGGCUUUCGUCGCUAGCGACUGGCAGACGAUCUGAGGACAUCAAACCCGAGGCCUUCUGCCUUUCUCUGAGAGGGAGUAUUUCCUCAUCUGUGUUGUCGAGACAUACGGUUGUCAGGGGCUAUGAGUAGCUGCUGGGGUGACAGUCUCCAAAACCCUUUGACGUGGAACACCUAAGAUGGGGACAGGACUUGCUGCCAUGCUGCAAGCUCAGCUCUAAUCACCGUGAAGACGCCCUUCCGUUCACCUUUCUCUCUACGUAGAUUUAACCCGCUUGCCCCUGACCUGCAGUCCUUUUUAAUUUGAAACUGCUGUACGCUGCCUCUCCGCCUUCAACUCCAAUUUUUUGCCCCUCCUUUCUCAAACACUCCUAAUCCAAACCAUGGCCAGCAGACUCUGUUUGUCCUCCAUGUUUCUCUCCCUCCUGCUCCCUGCACUGUUCCUCCUCCACCUGCCUGGCAUGGUGAAAGGGGACUGCUGGCUGAUAGAGGGGGACAAAGGCUAUGUUUGGCUGGCUAUCUGCAGUCAGAACCAGCCUCCAUACGAGACCAUCCCCCAACACAUCAACAGCACGGUUCAUGACCUGAGGCUGAAUGAGAACAAACUUAAGGCUGUGCUAUUUACCUCCAUGUACCGCUUCACAAACCUUACUGACCUCAAUCUUACCAAGAACGAGAUCAGUUACAUCGAGGAUGGGGCCUUUGCUGGACAGGCCAACCUACAGGUUCUUCAGCUGGGCUACAACAAGCUGACAAACCUGACUGAGGGCAUGUUGAGAGGUCUGGGCCGAAUGCAGUGCCUCUUUUUGCAACACAACCUUAUUGAGGUCAUUGCCAACAAUGCCUUCUGGGAGUGCCCCAGCCUCAGCAGCCUGGACUUAUCUUCCAAUAAGUUGGCCCGUCUUGACCCAUCUACCUUCACUGUCCUCAACAGGCUGCUGGUGUGUGAACUAGCAGGAAACCCGUUCCACUGUGGCUGUGAGCUCUACAGCUUCCUCACUUGGCUGGAGGUGUUUAACAAUGUAACCCACACCUAUGACCGUCUCCAGUGCGAAACCCCUCUGGAAAUGACUGGUUAUCCACUUCUGAGCCCGCAGCCCGGAAACGGAAAAAAUGCCCGUUAUGCUCUUUUAUCAAUGUGUCGCGAUGGUGUGAUAAUUCCAGGGAUGACCUCCCAGACACCGGAUCAAGAAGGCUCAGGUAUGGGUUUGGACAACCCAGACCAAGGUCUGUACCACCAACCAACCAUAUCGUCCACUGCAGACCCUACCUAUAACCAUCAGAUUUCCAUCAAGCUUCAAACUGUCUCCCUCUACACCGCUUCUCUAAUGGUGCAGAUCCCACGACCAUACAGUAAGAUGUACAUCCUCUCCAAGUACAACCACACGUUUGUUGAAGACAUCAAGCCCCUUAAAAACAAAAAGGAGGUACUUACUUUGGACAAACUGAAACCUCACACAAAUUACACUUAUUGUGUGCUUUCUGCAAGCAAAACUCAGCGCAACAACCACACCUGUCUGACCUUUUCCACACGUGCUAUUGGGUCAGAGGACCAGCGAACCGAUCCAUCCACAACUACCCACUACAUCAUGACCAUCUUGGGAUGUCUGUUUGGCAUGGUCAUUGUGCUUGGAUUAGUCUAUUACUGUCUCAGACGACGACGCAUCCAGGAAGAGAAGAAGAAAGCUAUAAGUGUGAAGAAAACUAUUUUGGAGAUGAGGUAUGGCCCAGAGGCGGCUGCGGCAGUAGCCAAUGACCCCGGUGCCAUGCAGCGUCUCCAGGAGCAGGCUCACCACCAGCACCACCAUUCAGGAGGAGCAGGAGGCAAGCUGCCCCCGUCUGCCUCCUCUAGCACAGGCAUGCUCCAUGGCUCAGCCAACACCAGUUCUUCUCGCCUCUCCACCCUGCCGCAAGUGGAAAAAAUGGCCACUGCCUUCUCUGAGGCAAUGGGCGGCAAGGGCAACUACAUGGAUGUGAGGACGGUGGGAAUGGCAGGGGAAGGCAGAGAGGGAGGGGUGGGAGCUGGAGGAGCAGUGAUAGCAGGGGAGGUAGUUGUGGAUAGGCGAGGCGGGGCUGAAAAUGGGAUAGAGGCUGGGGAGGAUUCGGAUGACGAUGGCCGUGGCUCAGCGUCAGAGAUCUCCACCAUUGCCAAGGAGGUGGACAAGGUGAACCAGAUCAUCAACAACUGCAUUGAUGCUCUGAAGCUGGAUGCCUCUGCUAAUGUUGUAACCACGGCUGACAAUGGCAACUCUGUUUCCUCCUCCCAGCCACCAACUUGCAUUGCGUCCCUCCCCCGCAACCUCCUGCCCCUCUCUCCAGGCCACCCUGGAGAUCAGAUCAUGGCCUCCUCUCCAAAGGUGCAUCUAAAGUCUCACCCCCAGCCUCAUCCUCAGCCCCAUCCUCAGCCACAUCCUCAGCCACAUCCUCAUCCUCAGCUACAUCAGCCGCCUCACCCCCCUUCUAUGGCUCCAGUGCCCCUGGUCAUGCCCCUGUCUGAGCGGCCAGGCAUCAGUGGUGGGGGGUUCCUCUCCCCUCCUUACCGUGACCCACCCCCAGCCAAUGCAGUGCGGCCCCUUCAGAGGCAGUUGAGCGCUGACACUGCUGUAGUGAAGAACCGUUGUGGUGUCCCCGCUGUGGGAUCUGUCAAGAGCAACAGAGUGUUCAGUGUGGAUAUCCCUGAGCAGCGCAGCGAUCCUCCCAAGUACCCAACAGAAAAAGGCAGCCCUGUGGGUUGUGGUGGAGGGGGUGGAAGUGGAGGAGCUGGCGGAAUAGGAGGCUGCAACGGGAAUGGGAUGGGAAACAUAAAUGGUGGUGGGGUGAGUGUGAAUGGGGGCGGGAUGGGGUGUAAUAAGGGGAGUGGAGGUGCGGGGGUUGGCCCCGGACAGCAGCAGCACCACUUGGAAGUUCAGCCUGACUACCACAGCUCCGAGCACCGCCACUCUUUUCCUGCACUCUACUAUGAGGGCGGCAACGACUCACCCUCACAGGCCCAAAAGGCCUCAUUCCUGAAGCCACUGGGCCGCACCAAGAGGGAUGCCACAUCCACCUACUCCCAGCUCUCACCUUCUCGUCACCACAACUACAACUCUGGCUACUCCUCCAGUCCAGAGUAUUCUUCUGAGAGCACACUGCGGAUCUGGGAGCGAUUCCGGCCUUACAAGAAAAGCCCCAGAGAGGAGGCCUCCUAUAUAGCAGCAGGCCACGCCCUGCGUAAGAAGGUUCAGUUUGCCAAGGACGAGGACCUUCACGAUAUUUUGGACUACUGGAAGGGGGUUUCUGCCCAGCAGAAGCUGUGAGCAGCUGUGAGGGAAGCUAAGUCGAAUGUUCUUAGGAAGAUUCUGAAGUUCGAUCCCAACAGCAGACUAAUAAAGGGGAAUAUAUGUUAAUGUAGCAAGAUAUAUGAUAUUUCCUGUGAGGUGUCAAGUGACAUGGGUCGUUUCCCUGGGUGAUAUUUUUUUUAUUGAUUCUAUGAUAAACUAUUGGCAUUUUAAGAGGUUGUCUGUUUUCACCACAAUACUAAGUAGUAAUUGACAAGAAUCAAGCUGUUCACCAGACUACCUUAUACUGGGCACUUUGGCCCUCGCAAGCUUCCGUAGGCCUGCUGAAUCCCUACUAAUGAGCAAAAAAGAGGUGGUAACAAGCACCUCUUCUUUUACCUGUCUUUUACCUCAAUACUGGUACACUGUAGCUCGGUUAUCUCACCAGAAGCAGCCCCCCCCCCAGCUUCUAAUACCAUCCUACCACCAUUCACACAACAAUCAUUCCACUGCACCUCCAACACCUGUUCUCCUAUAGAAGCAUCAUUUAGGGAGAUAAUGAGGGAGGGAGCAGGAUGAGGAAUUAGGUGCAUUUGUUUUAGAGUAGCCUGAAUAUCCUUCUUUGGGGGAGGACAUUAGAUGGUACUUAGCGGGCUAAUUGUUCUUCCUGGCAUUUAGCCAGUGUAAGAAUAGGUCGGGGAGGAUGUGUGUUGAGCAUGCUUAUCGAUUUGAAACACCUAACUACGUAUGUUCAACGGUGUGUGGGCAUGUAUACAGUAUGUGCA